GUCUUUCUCAUUUUUAUAGAAUCAAAAGCAGUAGCUUGUGAAAGAAAAACAUAUAUAAAUACACAAGGUUAUUUGAAAUUGAACAUAUAAACCAAAUGAGUACUAAAAAGAACACAUGGAAGUCUGUGAUCUUGAUCCUAAGUUGUUACAAGGUUAAGUGUUCCUUGGAGGAAUCAGAGAAACAGGUUUUGAAACAAGGUUCUUUCCAGAGGUUAUGUCUAUCAGAUGUGAGCAAUUCAAGCUCCACUCAGGCCAUUGAAGACAUUUCAAUUUCAUUUGCUGGCUCAAAGCUCUAUGCAUUCACACUUGAGGAGCUAAGGGAAGCAACAAACAGUUUCUCAUGGAGUAACAUGCUAGGUGAAGGAGGGUUUGGACCUGUCUACAAGGGUUUUGUUGAUGACAAACUUAGGUCUGGUUUGAAGGCUCAGACUGUAGCUGUGAAAAGGUUGGACUUGGAUGGCUUGCAAGGUCACAGGGAGUGGCUGGCAGAGAUUAUAUUUCUUGGACAACUAAGGCAUCCACAUCUUGUCAAGUUAAUUGGGUACUGUUAUGAGGAUGAACAUAGGCUUUUGAUGUAUGAAUACAUGCCAAGAGGCAGCUUGGAGAAUCAACUCUUCCGAAGAUACUCUGCUGCCAUGCCAUGGUCAACCAGGAUGAAAAUUGCAUUAGGAGCAGCCAAAGGUCUUGCCUUCCUUCAUGAAGCAGAUAAGCCUGUAAUAUACCGCGAUUUCAAAGCUUCGAACAUUUUACUAGACUCGGAUUUCACAGCUAAGCUCUCAGAUUUUGGGCUAGCUAAGGAUGGCCCUGAAGGGGAAGACACACAUGUAACAACACGCAUAAUGGGAACACAAGGUUAUGCUGCUCCUGAGUACAUCAUGACAGGUCACCUUACAACCAAGAGUGAUGUGUAUAGCUAUGGGGUGGUGCUGUUGGAAUUGCUGACAGGAAGACGAGUAGUGGAUAAAUCUCGGUCGAAUGAAGGCAAGAGCUUGGUGGAAUGGGCAAGGCCUUUGUUGAGAGAUCAGAAAAAGGUGUACAAUAUCAUAGAUCGUAGACUAGAGGGGCAAUUUCCCAUGAAAGGAGCCAUGAAAGUUGCUAUGUUGGCUUUUAAAUGCUUGAGUCAUCACCCAAAUGCAAGGCCAACUAUGAGUGAUGUGAUUAAGGUAUUGGAGCCACUUCAGGACUAUGAUGAUGUUUUCAUUGGACCAUUUGUGUAUGUUGCCGUAAGUGAAACUGGUGACAAACAUAAAAUAUAGCAGCAGCAAGGUAGAUAAAAUAUAUAUAUAUAUCAGAUAGCAAAAGGUAAAAACAGAAAAGAAAAAAAAAGUGGUGUGUUAUUUUAUUUUAUAAGGGACGGCAUGGCUUGGUCUUCACUCUUCACAAUCAUCAAAAGGGGAUGCAAGUAGUUCUAUCAUAUUUGAACUGUGGCCAGAAAUAGAGAGCUGCAGCAAAAUGAUGUUUAGGGUGGAAUGAGAGGACCAUUACAUUGGAACACAAGGUGUUAGAAAUGGUAGAGUUUUUCUAUGGUUUGAUGAUAUACACAGCAAAUCAACAAUGUACAAGCACUAGAGACUCUAGUUCAGAAUACAGAAACUAAAAUUUAUUCACAUGUAAUGUAUUUGACAAAAUUAUAGUUGGAUUGAGUUUGGACAUGAUUUUGGAUAUCAAGUUAUAGUUUUAGAGAAAGUGGCAAAAAGUAUCCAUUGAAUCAGGAAACUGUAAUCUGCACAUAUUAAUAUAUUAUUAUUAGUAUGAUUCAUGAAGCUAUAAUAUCGUCAUUGCUAUGAAA